AUGAUGAAAAUGAACCUUCAAUUAUUGAUGCGUCGAAAGAAGAGUCCAAUUUGUGGAUACAUGCAAAUUGCCUUACCAAGACACUUAUCUCUGAAACUUAAAAAGGGUCCAGCUGUUGUCAAGGCGUUAUCACUGCCACGUCGCGAGAGAAUUAAAGCAUUAGAUAACCUGAAGAAGAUAGGUGUUUUUAAUUACAUCCAAAGGAGAUGGCGAAAGAAGAACCAAAGUAUAUCCGAGAAAGAACAGGCAACGACGACGAUGCGCUAUUCGUUUUUGUUACAUGCAAAGGAGCCUCUUAAUUUCAAUGACUUAAAAGAUGACUUUAAAGCAGUACUAAACAAAAUGAUUUUGGAUGAUGUUUCAUCAAUGGCAAAAUCUGAUGCUGUAAUUCUUAUGAUUGGAUCUGGCAUGUUUAAUGGCCAAAAGUGUAAGUCCGGAAAAAAACAUGAAGUAGAAAAGAAAGUUCGUCAAACGAUGAGGCAAUUGAGCCGUUUGUUCAUUGCAUUUAAAGAGUCCUUAGGAAUUCCUGUAGAUUCUUCUGCAAUGCUUAACAAAAACAAUAUAUGUCAUUUAAGAAGCGCUAUCGACAAGUUGUGUGGGGAUGAUGAAAAAUGUGGUCUAAAAGUGCAGUUACAAAAUACUAUUAAAGGCGCUGCUAAGAUGUUGCAGGCUCAUUAUUUAGUUGAGGGAGAUAUGAAAGCUGACCAGGUGAGAGUUUUUAUGGCAGUGCUGAGUUUGGUCGAGGACGAGGUAUUCGGAGGAGCUUUAUAUAAAAUAAAGCAAAAGAGGAACAAAAUCACGCAAAAGCCGGGAAACCUCCCCACUAACGAGACUGUAGAACAGCGAACUACUUACUUACGAAAUUUAACUUCGAAAGAAAAGUUAGCUUAUGAAUUACCUGCAGAAAUAUAUGUUGAUGUGCGUGAUGCAGUUUGUGCCAGGCUUACCAUGUACAACGGGAGAAGAGGUGGGGAACCUGCACGUCUUUUUAUAUAUCAGUGGAAAGAAGCUAUUGAUGGUACAUGGUUGUGUUCCGAAACGCGUGAACAAUAUCAAAGUGCAAUUAAAUCCGGUAACCGAAUAACUAUUCAGGAAGGUAAAGGUAACAAACAAGUUCCGGUUUUCUUUCCGCCUGCCGUAGUGGAUGCAAUGAAUUUCUUCUGCGAUUUUGCUAUCAGAAAACACUCGGAUGUAGCAGACGAGAAUGAAUACAUAUUUGCGUCCACAAAAGGAAGCGAUAACCAUGUAUCGCUUAUGGCGUGUUGUAAAAAAGCUAACUUGACUGACAAGGUAAAUGGAACUAUGAAUCGUCACCGUGUGUCGACGUUGAUCGGAUCCUUUGGGCUAAGUGAGGCAGAACAGCAGUUGGCUUUUGACCAUUUUGGUCAUAGUGGUGAUGUAAAUAGAAAUAUAUAUCAAGUUCCCCAAGCUGAAAGACAGCCAAAGUCAACAGGUCGUUACUUAGAGUUAAUCGAUAAGGGUUUGGAUGGUGCAUUAAGUGCUACACAAAUUGACACUGCAAUUUCUACGCAUUCUGAUGGGACGAAAAUAUUUCCUUUUUUCGAUUUUGAAUACGAGCUGAGAUAUUUCUGCUCCCUACAGACAGAAAACAAAUUAAAAGAAAACUCUUCAUUGAGUCAGUUGUGGACGUUAAUAGGUUUCUUGACGCGCUAUGGAAAUCCUGGAUACAAAGAUCGUGGUUAUCCAACUAGUGAUGAAAUGAAGUUGUUUGGAGAGCUUCACGGUGUACCACUUGAAAGAAUUCAAACAAAAAUAGUUAACGAAGGAAUGAAAAAACGAAAAAGAACUCAAAAAAAUAUGAAGAUGAUGAUGUGCGCGUGA